AUGCCCUCAAACAAUAACGUCCUCAAACCGGAGUCCUCCUUAGACGGCUAUGCUAUACCUUCCACCUCCAGCCGUACCGACACUACGUCGUCAGGAACCACUUCCAGAAAGUCAACUAGUUCCUCAGCUUCAACCAUAAGCAUCGCCAGUAGCCACACCUACGUAAAUGAUGGUUUUGCGUACUGUGCCGAAGUCGCCAUCUGGGAUCGAGAUCACCAGAUUGCAGCACCACAUGUUCUUCAAUAUCUAGCUGACCACAAGCAGCUGGAUAUCCAACAGUACGCGGAGACUGAGAAAGAGUAUCGUAACGGCGUAUACCUGGACGAUGCGGUAUCGACAGUGACGUUGCUGUGGAUCAAUGCAGACGUGGCAAGGAGGAUCGCAGGAAUCGAGCAGAUGUGCGACUAUGUUUUUAGGGACAAGAGCCUCUGCCUCGAAGCAAUCACGCCAGCAACAUGGUGUCGUCCAGCAGUACUAGGAGAUUCAGUACAGAAGACGAUACUUGCUGACCAAUGGAAACGAGCAACAAGCUUAGAAUGCACGAACGAGCUAUGGACCGAGGAGCUUGCCAACAAGGUUCUUUGCAACAGAACCCUAGGAAGAAGAGGGACAGCGCUCAACCUUCUGGACUUUGCCUAUUUGGGGCUAUAUCCAAAUGACGAUGAGCAGACGCAAAGAUUGACUAAAGAGCAACAAGGCAACAAAGCCGGAAAAGAAGAUGAUGUAGCAAGUAUGGUCGAAGCAAUAUUCGGAGCUGUGUACCAAGACUCUGGUAGCGACUGGAGACCAGUGUUCAAAGUCAUGCUCAACCUGGGCAUCCACCUCACAAGUCCUGAAUCCACACAUGCUGGGGUUCGAGCCACGAUCAAUCAGAGAUUGCUGCAGGAGCACCUCGAGCUUGCAGGUUGUGGAGCUGGUGGCAUAUCUUGA